GGAAACAACCUUAGGUAUGUCCUACGAAAUCAGGUCAGUAAUUCUCAAGCGUCUGUAACGAGACUUUAUCUACACUCCACACAGCCUACAUUCUGUUGUGGCAUCAUCGGGUGGGCCUUGCCUGCAUUCCGGUUGGCUCCUGCUCUGGCGGCUUGACCAACGCCGGAGGAAGCUGCCAGCAUUGCAAAAGGGCCGCAUAUGUCAACCUCGCACUGAUCCACUGUUGCGCCAUGACCUGGGCCUUCCCUAGUUCUUCGUCCUUCUAUCUGCCAUCCUCCACUUCCAUGUUCCCUCCUGCCCUUAACCCCACCAAAUAUGUCAGCAGAAAUACCUUGUGCAGCAUGCGGCUGGACCUCUGAGCUUCAGAAUGCUUGCCGCUACGACAGUCACGUUAAGCUUUUCUACGGACUGGCCGACCGCGGUGUGUGGUCGCUCGGCUCAAAGUUCAUCCUGAAAGAACGAUCCAACCAACCACAUAACUUUGAAGCCAAAAACCUACGAUUCCUAAAAGAACAUACUACGAUUCCAGUCCCUGCCGUUGUCGAGGAUUGGGAUGAACCGAACGGCCAAAACUUCUCGAUCAUGAGACGCAUUCCUGGCGACCCCCUUAGCGCGGUUUGGGCAACAAUGUCAGCAGUUGAAAGAGAGAAUAUUGCAAAGCAAACAGCGGGGUAUCUGUUCCAGCUUGGACAACUCCAAUCCUCUCGCCUGCAGAGCGUCGAUGGACAACCCCUUUAUUCGGCAUUCCUGUUUCCAGACGGCUACGGUAUUCCUCAUGGUCCCCUCCGGUCGGGUGACGAACUUUGGGCGGAAAUGGAGAUUGCAUUGAAAAAUGUACCCGAGAAAGCUCGUCAACAGCUACGAAAACGCUUGCCUCCUGCGGCUCCAUAUACUUUCACUCACGGGAACUUGGCCAACGUGAACAUCAUGGUCAUGAACGGAAACGUUACAGGUAUUCUCGACUGGGAGGCCAGUGGAUAUUUCCCUGUUUGGUGGCAGUACACUUGUGCGAGAAUUGGCUUGGACCAAGAGGAUUAUGAGUGGAAAACAUUAUUAACGAAGUACAUGCCUUCAUAUGAAUCGGGUCGCGAGUUCUGGUUGGACUUCUACGCCCUUAGCAAGUACCCUUACCUGAACGAGCGGGGGGGAAGCGCGCUGGGGAAAAACUCGGUAUUUUUAGAUUCAGGCGGGCAUGGGUUCAAGUUUUAA